CCUAAAUCAUCAUAUGUAAACAUUGUGAUAAUCAAAUCGAUAAUUAAUUAAACUCGUAAACCAUCAUAUGUAAACAUUGUGAUUAGGAGUGGUAACCAGUAAACCGACGGUAUCGGUAUACGGUGACCAAAACAUAGCAUCCGGUAUACCGUAUUCUAUCCGGUUAUUAACGACGGUUAGCCGGUAAACCGCAUACCGGAAAUCACCUCACUUAUUGCAAAAUAAGAACCCUUUUCAUGCCUGCCUCUCGCAAUUAGGGAAUCCUUUCCCUCUCUCCUUCUCUCCGCCUUCGCCACAGACAGUCACCAUCCUUCUCUCCUUCUUUUCUUCCCCUGUUACAAAUCGAAGUCAUAACUAAAAAAAAUGUCAAACUUCUCCAUAUUGUCGAGGUCUUCUCUCCUUCUCUUCUCUUCUCUUUAAGGAUGACGCGUUUGGGAACUACGCAUGUCAUUGGGUCCGGCGGAGGUGCUGAGGUGGCGGUGAGGGAGGGUCAAUUGAGCCCUUCUUCAUCAUCGAAAUGGGUCACUGAAUCACCAGAUUCAGCGCCAUGCAAAGGAGGCCUUCCUUUUCUUCUUCAUCCCUUUCGAUUCCAGAUUUGCCAGCCAGAGAAGGGCAGCGCCGCUGGUGGCUGGUUGAAGCCCCACCACAGAGCAGCAACAACAUCUACUCGAUUGUGAUUGUGAAUGUUAAUUUGUUUUCCCGUGACGGGAUUGCAAUAAGAGUUUGCGAGAUUGGUGAUUGGUCGGAAUUGCAGAUGGAUGGAAGGGAUAGAGAAAGGAAGAGCGAAGGAAGCGGCGGCUGCGGGAGUUGUCGGUGCCAAGGCGGCGGCGGGGGUGGUGGGAGGGAAUGCGGAGGGAGUGGUGGGAUCAAAAGCGGCGGUGGUGGAAGAAUGGAUCGGUCCAUUCGGUGUGUAAGGGUUUGCGAGAUUGGGAUUUCAGAGUUGGAGCGGAACAAGAGUCGGUAAACGAGCAACCAGAUUGCUAACCGGUAACCGAGCAACCGGUUAGUCGGUAUACCGACAAGCAACCGGUAUCGGUAUCCGAAGGUAGUUUGACACAAAUCGGUAUACCGAUAACCGGUUAAUCGGUAACCGACUGAUUACCACCCCUAAUUGUGAUAAGCUUUCUCUCUUCUUUCUCUUAAAAAGAUGAAAAUACAAAAAAAAUUUCCUUUUCUUUCCGUAAAUAAAAAAACAUCAAAAUUUUCCACUCUUCUCUCUUCCUAUAAAUCAAAAGCACCAAAACUUAAAGAACUAGAUUUUUCUCUUCUUUUUUUUCUCAAAAAGUUGAAAACAUUAAAAAAAUUCACUUCUUUCACUUCCUAUAAACCAAAGCACAAAAAUUGUCCAUUCUUUCUUUUCCCAAAACUUGAAGCAUCAAAUUUUCCUAUUUUUUUUCUCCAAAAUGUUGAAAACACCAAUAUUUUCCAUUUCUUUAUCUUCCUACAAACCAAAAUACCAAAAGUCCCCUUCUUUCUUUUCUAAAAAAUUUAAGCACCAAAGUUCCCUAUUCUUUUUCCUCAAAAAGUUGAAAAUACCAAAAAAUUUCACUUCUUUCUUUUCCUAUAAACCAAAGCAUCAAAACUCCCCCUUGUUUCUUUCUCUUCUUUUAUUUUAUUAAAAAUACAUAAUUUCAACCCAAUAUCAUUUUUUGAAUUUCUUUUAUAAAAUGAAAAAAUAGUUUUACUUAUUCUUAAAACAAACAAACUUCAUUUUGAAAUUUUAUAUAAUAUAAUAUAGUAAUUAUUCGGGUCAAUCGGGCGGGUUACCGGUUAGUCGAGUUCGGGCCAAUCGGGUUACGAGUUUAAUCAGAUUGCGAGUCAAUUGUGUUGCGGGGCUUUUGGGUUACAGGUUAAUCGGGUCACGAGUCAAUCGGGUUGCGGGUCGGGCGGGUUACGGGUCAUUGAAUUUUAGUCAAUUCGGGUUGCGAUCUUGUUGCGGGUCAGGUUAGUGAGGCGGGUUAGUCGGGUUGGGUUCUGUUUUGAAACCUAUGCUUAUAGCCACUUCCGUCCAAUUUUUUAACAGUAUUAGCUACCAACUCCCUCGCGUUGUCGUCAAUUAUCAGAAUCUCCCUUUCCCAUCUCCCUUUCCCAGGCAUGAUUCGAGAAUCUAGUGAAAUUGGGAGCGAAUUCGAAGAACUAGGGUUCUUGAAUUUGGGGAUUAUUUCCAAAUCCGAAUCUGGGGUAAAAUUGCUUAUGAACCAGGAGCAAGCUUAUGCUCCUGCCCAACCUUGACGUAAUUUGUCAGAAGGCAAUAAGCUCGUCGCAAUCCUUCAUCCGAGCGAGCCUCGAGCUCAGCACUUCGUUGUAGUAUUCUUCACAACUUUUGGCCAGAUCUGGCUUUGCAACUCAAUGAAUCUGAGGUGGAAGAAAGAGAAACUCCACCAGCCUCUAAAUCUACUCUGAAACUCUACCACCAGCAAAGUCGGCCAACGCGCGAAGGUUACCGAUUGAAUUGGGGAUAGCGGAGGUUGCCGAUGGAAUUGGGGGUCUUCUUUUGUUUUACACAAUGGAGAGUUUGUGAGGAAGACAUAUUCUAUUUUUGUUUAAAAAUUUAUUUUAGUUAAAAAUGAUGUAUCAUCCACCUGCCAUUGGAAGCUCCGUUGUCGAUGGCGUGUCCGGUGAGUUGGCAGCCCAAUAAGCAUAUCGUUAAAAUAACUAAUAGUGUCACUGAUGCUGUUAAAGGUUGUAACGAAAAUGGUUGUAUUUGUCAUGAAACUUUCAAAAUUCUGGUUAUAAGUGGUAUUUCUCCUAAAUUAACUAUUAUUGUCAUAAACGCGAAUGUUAUGG